GUCACCCUGUAUAUGGUUUAAUCUCAUACGUCUAUGAAGGAAUCGCGUACAAUUCCAAAAAGUUACUUGUACACGUUGCUGUACCGUAUACAUACCCUGUACAUUGUUGCCGAAUCACAGUCUAUUUAUGUACGGUGCUUGAGUCACCGAUUAAAUGCCCGAAAAAAGAAAUAACAUUUUUUAGGUUAAGAUCAAAUUUAGCACAUAUUAAAAUGUUCAUCUUUAAAAACACAGCGCGAUUGUCCCAUUCGGCCCUGAGAACCUAUGCUACAUCAGCAGUGCUGAAUCCAACAAUUGCGGAACCUGGUACCCCUAUACCAAAGGCAAACCUGAAUGACCCUCUGUUAGGAUCCCCAGAUUACUUUAACGUUCACAAUCUAUUUACAGUAAAGGACCUAUUCGAUGCACGCGUCCAUUACGGCCAUAAAGAGGGAUCGUUGGACGAACGAAUGCUUCCUUACAUUUACGGCUCACGUUUAGGCCACCUGAUAUUCGAUUUGGACAAGACGGCUGUAUAUUUACGAAGAGCAUUAAAUAUAGCGGCCCAUAUAGCCUAUCGCGACGGCAUAAUUGUGUUUUUUCUAAGAAACGCGCAGAAUGCGCACAUUGUCGAGAAAACCGCAUUGGAGUGUGGGGAAUACGCACAUACGAGGUUCUGGCGCGGUGGCAUUUUUACAAAUUCAACGCAUCAGUUUGGAGCGGUCACACGUUUACCUGAUUUGUGCAUUUUUUUGAGUACUUUGAACGACAUUCUUAUGCAACAUACGGCGGUGCGAGAUUCGGCAAAAAUGGGAAUAGCAACAAUUGGUAUAGUCGAUUCCAAUAGCAAUCCCAAUAUGAUUACAUAUCCCGUGCCUGGUAAUGACGAUUCAACUGCAGCAAUUCAGCUGUAUUGCAAGUUGUUUAAGGCUGCUAUAUUAAGAGGGAAAGAUAAGCGAAAAGAGCAUCUGUCUGCAAGUUCGGCUGGGUAAAUGUAAUGUUUUUGUAUGUGUAGGUUUAAUAAAUGAUGAUAGAAAAUGCAA